UGUAGGAAUUGAUAUAGACUCGCCAAAGUGAAAAAUAUUCAGAUUGUAGUCGAAAUCGGAAUUUCCAAUCAACUUUCACCCCUAAACCCAGCUCCAAAGUUGAGGGGAAAACUAGUUACCAGGUCAUUCAUUCGUUCAUUUUCAGCCAUAGGAUGCACGGCACCAUCAACUUGUUGGCGAGUUUUGUUUGACACAACUUAUGAGCUUCUUCCAAUUUGUCCACAAGACCAACCUGAAUCAAAAGCAUAGUGAUCAUCUUCAAACAAAGGCAGUGAGAGAAAAUGGAGGACAAGGGGAAAGGAAGCGAAAGAUGGAACGGAGCCAUAAGCAAUCUGACAGAAAUGUCUUUUAAUUUGGAGUCACUCCAGAAGCUACUCCUCAAAAAGGCUGUCUUUGUUGACGAAGAAACCUUUGCCAAAGCCUCGCUUUGUUCCGAACAAGCACGAACCAUCAAGGUUCUUGAGCAAAGAGUAGAAACUUUGGAGAGAGAACUUGAUGCUGCCAUUACAGCUGCUGCUCGUGUUCGUUCAGAAAAACGACAGGCUGAGGCAGCAGAAAAGGCUGCUGAAUUACAUGCACAGGAAGUUACAAAAGAGCUCGAGAACACCUCAAAGGUAUUUGAGCUGCACAUGGAAGAGUUGCGGGCAAAGCAAGAAGAAAUAGCUAAGCGUGAUAAGGAAAUCAAACUCUUGGAAGCUAUAAUUCAGACGCUUGGGGGAAAGGAGUCGCAUUCGAGAAAAGGGUAGAAACUCUGUCUUGUGAAAUUUAGUAUCAAGUUGGUCCUCCUCUUUCCCUUGUAAAUUUAUAUAGAGGAACAAUACAAUUUGUGCCCUGUUAAACAUAAUAAUAAAGUGCUUCAUCUUCCUGUUAUUCAGAAUUCCUCUGGCUUUUAUCCAACUAUUUUCUUUGUUUUCU